AUGGAAGAAAGUAGUAGACGUGGAGCAUGGACAAAAGAGACACCCAACCCCUCUCCUUGCAGAGGUUUACACAGAGAAAGUAGGGAGAAGAAGAGGGAGAGGAUAUUGUGGAAUGAUUUCUUCAAACAUCUCCUAAUAAACCUGUCUUUAAGAAGAAGAAGAAGAAGAAGAACAACAACAACAACAACAGCAACAAGAAUUCUAAUUUCGUCUGUUUUUCAAUCGAUUGUUCCUACAAAUUUUAAGCAGAUGAAGAUGCUUCGCAGGGAACUCCAAAACCAUGAAAUCAGAAGAAUUUCCUGUUGA